GUCAAUCUUGUGAAGAUGGGAGAGCUAGAGGAGGGGGAAACAGACCACAUCACAGCAGAUACCCAGGAUCAAAAGUGUGCAUUGGUUCGUGAGUGUACAGCCACUGAAGGCAUAAGUGGGAAAGACAACCUGCCUUCCUUAAAUGCAGUGUUGAGAAACCCAGUUUGUAAGUUAUAUAGAUUCCCUACUUCUGACAACAAGUGGAUGCGGAUCCGGGAACAGAUGGCUGAGACUACCCUCUCUUUCCAUGUUCCUAAAGAACUAAUAAAUCUGCACAUAAAGGAGGAUAUGAGAAGGAAUCAGGAACUUAAAGACCUAGGAGAACUUGCUCCUCACUGGGACAACAUGCGCAAAAGUGUAAUUGCUCACUGUGAUCAGAUGUUGAGCAUGUACCAGGACACUCUUGAAGAGCUUGGGAAGCAUACAGGUUCUUCCUUUAAGUCAAGCUGUAGCAAAGGAGAAAAAACACUAGAAUUCAUCCCAAUAAAUCUUCAUCUGCAAAGAAUGCAUGUGCAUAGUCCUCGAUUGAAAGAUGCUCUGUAUGAUGUUAUCACUGUGGGAGCCCCAGCUGCACAUUUCCAAGGAUUUAAGAAUGGUGGUCUCCGGAAACUGCUGAGUAAAUUUGAGGCAGAAAGACGAAAUACUGGAUACCAGUGUAUUUACUAUUCACCUGAAAACACAGCCAAGGCAAAAGAAGUUCUCAGCAACAUCAGUCAUCUGCAACCUCUCAUAUCAAGCCAUGCAGACCUGCUGCUUAGUUCUGCAAGCCAACGUUCUCCAGACAGCUUGAAGAAUUCUUUAAAGAUGCUUUCAGAAAAAACGGAGUUAUUUGUGCACACAUUCAAGGACCAGCUGGUCAGAAGUGCCCUUUUAGCACUGUACACAGCCCGGCCUGGCUGCGUCCUCAAGAAACCAGCUGUGCCUAGAAACAGUGUAGAAGAAGGGGCUGAUGCACAGCACCAGGAUCAUCCUUCUCAGAUUAAAAGGCAGGACUCUAUACCCCAUCAUUCUGAGUAUGAUGAGGAAGAGUGGGACAGGGUGUGGGCCAAUGUGGCAAAGAGUUUGAACUGCCUUAUUGCCAUGGUGGACAGACUGCUUGAAAAAGACAACAUGAGCAACAUUAAAGAGGGUGAAAAUGAGCCCUCAGCAGCAGAUUGCAAGGUGUUGCAUACAAGAGGUUUACCACAUUUUCAAGAACAAAAUGAUUUAAAGGGAUUGCUGGAUAGUCUUCAUCAAAAUAUACAGGCUAAAAAGAGAAAGAAUGUAGAAAUCAUGUGGCUGGCUGCAACGAUUUGCCGGAAGCUGAACGGAGUGCGCUUCACCUGCUGCAAAAGUGCCAAAGACAGGACAUCCAUGUCGGUGACGCUGGAGCAGUGCUCCAUCCUGAGGGACGAGCACCAGCUGCACAAAGACUUCUUCAUUCGGGCGCUGGAUUGCAUGAGGAGCAGACAAACCCAGGGAGCAUUGAAUGAAUCGGAUGAUCCUGAAACAGGCUGUCUAACUGAUAACAAGCCAACUUCUCGACACUUCUAUCCUGUCGCCUUGCUGCUUGUCAGCUCACACCUGCUGGUUGUGUGGCUUAUUUUAAGUCUUGCUUUGCUAUUAGCCAAAUAUCAAUAAACUUCACUUGUGUUCCUUUCUUUUCUACAAAUAGCAACAAACUAACUCUAGAAAAAAGGAAUCAUGUUGUAAUAUUUCUACAGUCUCAGACCCCAAGGGUUCAUCUUCAAGAUACCAAUGUCUGAAAUGUACUGUGUUUUCAUUCUUUUUUUCUGAACUCUGAGAAGUAUACUAUGCAUUGAGUGAAUUGAUUUGUUCUUUCUGUUCAUGGUAAAGCUUUCCUACUGUAAUUAGCGCAAAGAAAGCCCACUUACAAUGCUGUCACUGUAUAGAAGUUGUGGAAUCCUGAAUGCUUGAACCCCUCUUUCCAGAGUAAUUAGUCUGACAAAAAAAAAAAAAAAUUAAAAAUGAAUUUGCACAGCACAAACUAACCCCUAGACAAAUAUGGCAGGGCAAUGGUUUGUGAGACUUACCUUUCAUUGUGUUUUUUUCAUUGUUACUAGCUGAUGGGAUUGUUUUCGUUUAAUAAAUGAUUAUUACUUUGCUACAACUAACCCUUUUCUGUAGAGUAAAUAGAAUAUAAUAAGUUCUGUUUUGUAAUGAAAUGAGCCUGUUUGUAAUUGUUGCUUUCGUUGCUUUUGCUUUCAAGACACUUUUAUAUUCUUUUUAACAAAGUACUCUUUAUGUCUUGAUGCACCACUUUGGCACUUGUGACUUUUGUACUGUAUGUGAACGAACAUCCUUCCUUUAUAAAGCAUAGAGGUGGAUUGGGCUGUUUGAAAAGCCAUUCUCUUUUUUUCAUUGCAAAGCUGAACAUACAGGAAAUGAAGCAGAGAUGAAACUUUCCUUCACAAAUCUCUAGGGCCAGACUUACUAAAAUUCCUUAUUCCUAGAAUGCGCAUUUUAGGGCAACGUGUACUCGACAUAUAUAGCAAACAAAUUAUUAAAAAAAAAGGUAUGAAAAGGUUUAAAAGGCAAAUAUAUUUCUGGAAUUAGAACAAAAUGUAUCAUUAAAGUAUUUAAUUUUUUUUUACUGAACUUUAAACCGCAAGGGCAGAUAUAUUAGGGGGGAUGGAAAAUCUUAUCACCUAUUUCUGAGGGCAAUAACUGUACUGGGCCUGGCCUUGGAUUUAAUUCUGUAAGAUGUAUCAUCACUCGUGGAAAACAAAAAUGUAGAGUUGAAUCCUUGUUAUUUUUACUUCAACUGUUGCUGAAACUCUGCAAUGAACAAAUAAAGCAUAUU